AUGAACAAGCAAAAAUCGAAGAAAACUAAACUAUCCGAUUGUCAUCUACUUAAGUGGUUUCAAAACCAACUGAAGCAACUGUUCAGGGAAACGGCUCUGCACGGUUAUAAUCACAUCAUGCGUAAGGAUUAUACGACGUCUGAACGAGCCCUUUGGGUGGUGGCCGUCAGUUCGGCUUUCGUAAUCUCCGUUGUUCUACUGAGAUACUCCUGGAGGUCCGAUGCCGGAGUACACACCGUAACUGUUAUGGAAACUACCAACUAUCCGAUCAGCAAUAUACCCUUUCCAGCGGUGACUGUGUGCAAUUUGAAUAAAAUCUCCUUCAAAAGUGCUUUGAGAAAAGCUGAGAAAAUGAUCCGCCCGGGAAACAUGACAGCUGAAGAAUUGGCCUGGAAAUUCCGUCUGUUACUACACGUGUACGGUUUGGCAGACUCGAAUGAAACUGAAUACAUUCGACUGCAUAGUAUCCUUCGAGCGAACAACUUGGACGUGGCACAGUUGAUGGGAGAAAUUGCCCAGCCCUGUUCGUCCUUGCUGGUGCGCUGCAUGUGGAAAGGUACACUGUGGAGAUGUGAAAACCUAUUUCAGACCGUCAAUAGCACAGAAGGGAUGUGCUGUUCGUUCAAUUAUUACGGGCGACGCACCAGUUACUAUCAAAAGCAAACUUUUGGUAAUAUUCCUAGCGAACCAAGGCGCGUGACGGCCAGUGGUCUUCUGACGGGUUUACGGGUGCUAAUGAAUCCCGAAAUAGACGAUUACCACACUACGGAUGUGGGUACCGCUGGAGUUAGGAUUAUGAUUCACCAUCCGUAUGACUAUCCAAAUGGAAAUGCCGAAGCGAAGAUUGUGCUUCCAAAAAUGGUUGCCCUAAUCCCCGUUCAGCCUAAGGAAACAUAUACAAAAGAUGACGUGUUAAGGUUGGAUCCCUGGGAUCGGUAUUGCUUUGCGCAUAAUGAAGUACGGUUGAGUGUUAUGCGGCGUUAUUCCUUCGAAAACUGUAUGGUCGAAUGUCGCACGAUGCGUGUUUUCGAAAGGUGUGGCUGUAUACCGUAUAACUUGCCCAAUAACGGAACUGUUCCAUGCUGCGAGAUGAAAGAUAUGAAAUGUAUCCUGGAAAAUGCUGACCUCUAUCAAAGUGCUAUACCAAUGUUUAAUUGGUCUAUCAUGGAAAUGAAGGACAAAGUAUUUCCUGUUUGUCGCUGUUUGCCAAACUGCGCAUCCGUUCAAUAUCCAGCGGAAAUGAGCAGUAGAUUGUUGAAUAGAACGUAUUCGGAUAAAGCUCAAGAUUUCUACACCGAUAUUAAAAUCAAGGACCUCAGUGCUCUUCACGUUUACUAUAGCGAUUUGGUUUCUACACGAUUUCUUAAAAAAGUCAAUCAAAAUUGGUUGGAUGUUUUAGCAUCGUUCGGUGGCAUACUCAGCUUGUUUCUUGGUUUUAGCAUAAUCACCGGUUUCGAAGUGAUUUACUUCUUUAGCAUCCGUGUGCUGUUCGAUGUUUUUUCUCGCCCUAAUAAUCGCAAUAACGUAAUCGAGCAUGCUAAGCUACCAAACUUGCAUAACUGA